AUGGGGCCCUUGGAGAGCGUGCUGAGCAGCAGUGGGCAGAUGCAGAUCGUCCUGUGGGGCAGCUUGGCCGCUGUGGCCACUUUCUUCCUCAUCACCUUCCUUAUCUUUCUGUGCUCCAGCUGUGACAGAGAGAAGAAGCCGAGGCCUCAAAGUGGGGACCAUGAGAACCUGAUGAACGUGACAUCAGACAAGGAGAUGUUCAGCCGUUCUAUCACAAGCCUGGCAACCGAUGCUCCAAUCAGCAGUGACCAGAAUGGAGCACUCACCAAUGGUGACAUUCUUUCAGAAGACAGCACCAUGACCUGCAUGCAACAUUACGAGGAAGUACAGACCUCAGCCUCUGAUCUGCUGGACUCCCAAGACAGCACAGGGAGGCCUUCAAAAUGUCAUCAGAGUCGCGAGCUGCCCAGGAUUCCUCCCAACAGCACAGUGGACACGAUGCUGAAUACGAGAAGUGCAGAUGGGGACCAGGGUCUAGGAAUGGAAGGCCCAUAUGAAGUGCUGAAGGAUAGUUCCUCCCAAGAAAACAUGGUGGAAGACUGCUUGUAUGAGACAGUGAAGGAAAUCAAGGAGGUGGGAGCAGCUGGACACCCGGAUAGAGUCCACAAUGGCAAGUCCAAGUCCACUACGGCCUUGAAGGAACUUCCAGAGCCUCAGGCCCAGGACAAAGCGGAGUUUGCUGAAUAUGCCUCAGUGGACAGAAACAAAAAGUGCCGGCAAAGUGUGAAUGCAGAGAUUGUCCUUGAAAGUUCACAAGAACUGGAAGAGGAAGCCCCACCGCCUGUCCCUGUGAAACUUCUAGAUGAGAAUGAAAACCUUCAGGAGAAUGAAGAGGGAACAACAAAAGAAGGAAGCACCGAGGGGACCCCAGAAACAAACAAGAGAUUCAGUUCGCUGUCAUACAAAUCUCGGGAGGAAGACCCGACGCUCACAGAUGAAGAGAUCUCAGCUAUGUACUCAUCAGUGAAUAAACCUGGACAGUCGGUGAAUAAAUCAGGACAGUCACUCAAAGUGCCGGAGUCCACCUACACCUGUAUUCAAGGUGGAAGCCCGCAGAGAUCCCCAUCUUCCUGUAAUGAUCUCUAUGCUACAGUAAAAGACUUUGAGAAAACACCAAACAGCACCAGCACACCACCUCCACCAGAGAGAUCCAGUGAGGAACCAGAGCCCGAUUAUGAAGCGAUACAGACUCUAAACAGAGAGGAAGAAAGGGCCACACAGGAGACCAACUGUCCCCAUGGCCUUUUCCCAAAAGAGAAUGACUAUGAGAGCAUUGGGGACCUUCAGCAGUGCAGAGAUAUUACCAGACUCUAG